UUCUCCUAAUUUUGUUGUAACUUGUAACCUGAAAAAUUCUACCUCCCCAACACAGUUUGAGAAAUUGUUCCUAAUUUUCUCCACAGGUGGUAGACAAAGUCUUUUCAUUUCCGAAUUUGCUCUUCACCAAAUUAGUUUUCCAGUUCCCGGAAUACGAGCAACAAAUAAGAAGAUUGGGAGGAAAGAUCAGUAAAUAAUUCAUCACUUCUCCAUUUUUGGAUCUUUGCAGCUUCCUUAAUAAACCCAGAAAAAGAAAAGAGAAAAAUGAGCUCAGUGGUCUUUGGUUCAUCUUAUGUAACUCACUCUUGCUAUCUGAAGAGCAAAACAAAGGGUGGGGAUGUCAAGAGGUUCUGUGUUCGAAUCUCGGUGGCUUCUGCCCCGAAGAAUUUACAAUCUUCUGAGAAGAAUAAUUUGCAGAAGAGCAUUCGCAUUGGUGUUCUUGGUGCUAGUGGUUACACUGGCUCAGAGAUUGUUCGUUUGCUAGCCAAUCAUCCAUACUUUGGUAUUACUUUGAUGACUGCUGAUAGAAAGGCUGGUCAAUCAAUUGCAUCAGUAUUUCCACAUCUGGUAGCCCAAGACUUACCGAAUUUGGUUGCUGUUAAUGAUGCAGAUUUUUCAAAUGUCGAUGCUGUGUUUUGUUGCUUGCCUCAUGGUACAACACAGGAUAUUAUUAAAGCUCUUCCUGGGUCACUGAGAGUGGUUGAUCUUUCUGCCGACUUCCGACUGCGGGAUACUGCUGAGUAUGAGGAAUGGUAUGGUCAACCUCAUAGAGCACCAGAAUUACAGAAAGAAGCCGUCUAUGGUUUAACAGAAGUUUUAAGGCAAGAAAUCCAGAAUGCUCGGCUAGUUGCUAAUCCUGGUUGUUAUCCGACAUCAAUUCAGAUCCCUCUUAUUCCCUUGUUAAAGGCUAAUCUAAUAGAGUACAGUAACAUAACUAUUGAUGCAAAAUCUGGUGUGAGUGGGGCAGGACGUGGUGCAAAGGAGGCUAAUCUAUAUACCGAAGUAGCUGAAGGAAUUCAUGCAUAUGGUGUUACAAGACAUCGUCAUGUUCCUGAAAUAGAACAAGGGCUUUCAGAUGUUGCGAGGUCAAAAAUAACUGUCAGCUUUACUCCACACUUGAUGCCAAUGAGUCGGGGUAUGCAAUCAACCAUAUAUGUUCAGAUGACUUCGGGAGUGACAGUUGAUGAUCUGUAUGACCAGUUAAAAAUGUUCUCUGAGAAGGAAGAGUUUGUUAUUUUGCUAGAGAAAGGGGUUGUUCCACACACUCGAAAUGUUCGUGGAUCAAAUUACUGCUAUAUGAACGUCUUUCCUGAUCGAAUUUCAGGGAGAGCAAUUAUUAUAUCAGUUAUUGAUAAUCUUGUGAAGGGAGCAUCAGGUCAAGCUGUACAAAAUCUUAACUUGAUGAUGGGAUACCCAGAGAAUACAGGAUUACUCUAUCAGCCGCUCUUUCCUUAGGAUUGAUUAUUUUUGCAGGUAUGUCAAGCUGUUGCGGAUUGUGAACUUUGCCAUGGCUAGUGGUACGAUUCAGUGAUGAUUACAAUACCAUGCAAGAAACUCCGCAUCUCGUUUACCUCCCCGACCCCCAACCGGACAUCCAAAAAAGUAUCAUGUAGUAUUGAGGGACGUUGGAUUUCUCUGGGGGAGGCUGUUUGUUUUUACUAUUUUCGCUUACGCUGAAAGGACGAUAUAACACCCAGCAUUGGAACUGCUAGGUGUAAUCAGGACAUACUAGUAGUACUGUAGUAGUAUGAUAUGGUUCUGUAAAAUAUGUCAACUGAAUUCAGGAUUGUAUUUUGGAAAAAGAUAAUCCUUUUUUGUGAAAUAAGUUGGAUAAGUAAUCAAUCCCGUUAUCUAAUGUAAAGAUGUAUGGAUUAUAAUAUCCUUGACUUUUCUGA